GUUCGGCUUACAUUUUCCUUGCAUGCAUGUGAGCCUAGCUUGCACUGCUGACUGAGAUAUCGCCGGCAUGUUCUCUGCAAUUCCCUGCUCUGAUCUGACCAUAAUUCUCAUUCCUGCUCUUAUAUAACCCCCUCCACGUUCACUGCAAAACCAUCAGAAAAUUCAGAACCUCGGUAACCUCCUGAUCAGUGUUCGAUUCUCUGCUCUAUCGUCUCGACGGAGAUGGAGUACGCGAUCUUAUUCGCCACGUCGUUGGUGAUCACCGUGCUAGCAGCAUCCGGCUUCGCGCCGGCGCAUGGCUGGAACAAAGGGACGGCGACGUUCUACGGCGGCGCCGACGCCUCCGGCACGAUGGGUGGCGCGUGCGGGUACGGGAACCUGUACACGGCGGGGUACGGGACGAACACGGCGGCGCUGAGCUCGGUGCUGUUCAACGACGGGUGGUCGUGCGGGCAGUGCUACCUGAUCAUGUGCGACGCCGCCGCGACGCCGCAGUGGUGCAGGGCGGGCGCCGCGGUGACCAUCACGGCCACCAACCUGUGCCCGCCCAACUGGGCUCUCCCCAGCAACAGCGGCGGCUGGUGCAACCCGCCCCGCCCUCACUUCGACAUGGCCGAGCCCGCCUGGCUCCAGAUCGGCAUCUACAAGGCCGGCAUCAUCCCCGUCCUCUACCAACAGGUGAAGUGCUGGAGGCAGGGAGGGAUCAGGUUCACGAUGGGAGGGUUCAACUUCUUCGAGCUGGUGCUGGUGUCGAACGUGGCGGGGAGCGGGUCGGUGAGGUCGGUGUCGGUGAAGGGGGGAAGCACGGGGUGGAUCACGCUGAACCGGAACUGGGGCGCCAACUGGCAGUGCAACUCGGGGCUCGUCGGCCAGGCGCUCUCCUUCGCCGUCACAUCCACCGGCGGCCAGACGCUCUACAUCUACAACGUCGUGCCCAGCUGGUGGAGCUUCGGCAUGACAUUCACCAGCAACCAGCAGUUCAGUUAUUAGCAGGGAGAGGAAUUUGUUCGUCUGCAUGAUCUCAAGCUGGGAAAUUAAUUUGUUAGUACUUUUUUUGGAUUAAUUGUACAUGUAUGUACAUCUUGAAUUCGUCAAAUAUAUUAAUUAUUUGAA